AUGCCUACCGUUAUACUCCCUUCCAAGCCAGACGCCCCUAUUGCCUAUGAGCUUUACCAAGGCGAUAUAGCAAGCAAUCUUCUUGUGGUCUGCUUGAACGGCCUUGGAAUGACACAGGCUGGUUGGAAACCCACUAUUAAACUUAUACGCAAAUCUGGCUUCUCUCCUAUGCCAUGGAUACUUACGUAUGAUCGAUUUGGCCAGGGUGCCUCUGCAAGAGAUCCGCGCGAAAGCUGGCCGAACAAGGAUCCCGGAUACGCACACACUCUAGACGAUGUCACCGAUGAUCUCCACGAGUUGAUUCAAACUCGAUGUCCCGAUCGCUCCUCACGUAUUGUUUUUAUGAAUCACAGCAUAGGAGCACAUAUUGCGCGGAGAUAUGCUGACAGGUAUCCUAGAGUUGUCGAAGGAAUCAUAUUCCUUGAUUCCAACCCUGGAAAUACUGACUACGAAAGCACCUGGCCGAAUCCGAAGGACCCGUCCUUUAAUCUAGAACAGAUGACCCCCCCUGGCACCUCGCUUGAUGAAUAUGAAGCUGCUUACAGCAAGAUGAUAACGAUAUUCUCAGCAAGCGCGAAGAACAAUGAGGGAUUUGAUCGACGGGAUAUCAAGAAUAUUCUUCCCGAUCCAUCGAUGCCAAAGCUUAAGGGGUCGAAGUAUUUGGAUAAAGGUCCUUGGGUGACAGUCGUAGUCCACGAGCUCGAACAAUUCUCGCAGGAAGAGUGGGAUACGAUGAAGAUACCCUUGGACAUGGCUGCUAUGUAUACUCAGCCGUUCAGGACUUUCAACAAAGCACAUUGCCUUGUACGCACUAUACAACACAGAGCAUAUGAUGCUGCAUUCAACCAAGAUGACCUCACCGAAGCUAGAAAGUGGUAUGCCUCGUUCACCGAAAAUAACUUGCCAAAGGGUCAGACAAGUUACUCUAGGUCAAGCGGGCCUGGGGGCCAGCAUGUAAACAAAACCGAGAGCAAAGCUACAACAGUGUGGUCAAUCGAGGAGUUGUCUAGAGGCUUGCCAAAACUCAUUCGUUUGGCAUUGCGCUCUUCAAAGUACUAUUCAAAAAGGAACGACUCCAUCACAAUUCAAGCUCAAACUCAACGGAGCAGAUCUGCCAAUACUGAUGAUAACCACUUGAAAUUGGUAGAAGAACUGCGGAAGAUUUAUGGGGAACAAGUCCCGGGAACGACCAGCAGCGAAAAGAUUAAGAAAUACGAGGCCUUAGAGAAGUCAGCUCGCGAGAGCAGACUUAGAUCAAAGAAAGAGCAAAGUUCUAAAAAGGCAUUUCGGAAAGGCAGAGGAGUUGAUGAGUAA